AUGUCGAAUAAGGAUGAACUCGCGAAAUAUUUUCCUACAUCAUUUGGAAAAAAAUUCAAACCUCCUACAGUGGUAGAAGAUUCUGUCGAGGAUGAGGAUGAAGAACUAGAUCCUUUACGAUCCAUGCUACCCACCUCAUUUGGUUCGCAAAAAAAGAAGAACGUCUUUACAGAUGCAUUUUCCAAAACAAAAAGAAAAGACGAUGAGAAAGGGACAAUAAGUUCGAUUACACCUGAACAACAAAAGUCAAAGGCCAAGCGUGUAAAAAGCGAAAGGGAGGAACAUUCGCGUAAUGAGGAAGGGACCAAAUUCGAUACUUUACCAAUAUCUCACGAAAUAAAAUUAAACGAUCAUUACAGGAGUAUAACUGCACUGGCCCUUGAUCCAGCUGGUGCACGUCUUAUUACUGGAGGUUCCGAUUAUGAUGUAAAAUUUUGGGAUUUUGCGGGGAUGGAUUCUUCUUUACGCCCAUUUCGAACUAUAAAACCAUGUGGAGACCACCAGAUCCAUCACCUUGAGUAUAGUAUAAGCGGGGAUCAAUUUUUAAUUAUUUCUGGUUCCGCACAGGCAAAAAUUUAUGAUCGUGAUGGAUUCGAGAUCGAGGAAUACAUCAAGGGUGAUCCGUAUAUAAGAGACAUGAGGAACACAAGCGGUCACGUAGCAUCAUUAAAAUGUGGAGGUUGGCACUCUAAUGAUAAGCGGACAUUUAUCACAGGUUCCGCGGACAGUACCAUAAGAAUAUGGGAUGUGGAAAAUAAACGCAAGCAAAAAUAUGUUCUUGUGCAUAAAUCUAAAGAACGUGGCGGACGAAGUGCUGUAACUGCAGCAUGCUACAGUCCAGAUUCCAAAUUCAUUGCUGGUGCGGCACAAGAUGGAAAUUUAUUUUUAUGGGGAUCAAAUGGCCCUUACGUCCGUCCUUCGCAUGUAGUAGAAAAAGCUCAUCAACCAUAUAGUGAAACUUCAUCCAUAGUUUUUUCUAAGAAUAAUUGGACAAUGGUCACAAGAGGUGGUGACGAUUCUGUUAAAGUUUGGGAUAUACGGAAUUUUAAAUCUCCAGUAGCCCAGGCUAAAGAUUUGAUAACCUUUAACCCCGAGACCAAUGUAAUAUUUAGUCCCGAUGAGAAAAUGAUUAUUACAGGAACGGCCGUUAAAAAAGGCGAGGGUUAUGGAAAAUUAGUGAUGAUGGAUCGUGAAUCGUUGGAGAUUGUUCGAACAAUGAGCAUCACACAAUCAAGUGUUAUUCGUGUGCUAUGGCAUUCCCGUAUAAAUCAGGUUAUAACCGGAAGCGCAGAUGGAUCCGUCCAUGUAUUCUAUGAUCCAAAUGUUAGUGUACGAGGUGCCAAACUUUGUGUCAUAAGAGAACCUAAGAAACGUGCUAUCGAUGAUUAUGAAAUAGAUCGUCCGAUUAUUGCUCCACAUUCACUAUCAUUAUUCAGAGAUGAUAGGCCGAAGUCAACAAAGAGGAAGAGAGAAAAAUUACGUAAAGACCCUGUUGCCUCACGCCGUCCUGAUUUACCUGUUAGUGGACCUGGAAAGGGAGGUAAAAUUGGUAGUAGCUUGACGCAACAUAUUAUGAAAGAGUUAAUUAAAGAUACUACCAGAGAUGAGGACCCGAGAAUGGCUCUAUUGAAGUUUGCGAAGGUUUCUGAGGACGAUCCACAAUGGAUCGGAUCUGCAUAUAAGAAUACGCAACCAAAACCAAUAUUGGCUGAUACCACGGGUGAAGAGGAAGAGGAACAAGCCCAGUGA